AUGGACGAAGAAGUUGAGGUCAAAGCUCCAGUGACACGACUUCGAAGAAGAAUGUCUGUGGAACAAUUUGACGAUGGAAAGUUAUCCCCUGCACCUGCUACACCCACAAAGAAAAGAGGUGGUAGAAAGUUGGCAAAACCAGAACUAGAUUUAAUAGAUGAAAAUGUAGAAACCAAUUUAAAAAACUCAACUAGAAAAUCAAUUGUUAAAGAUAUUGUAGAUACAGUUGAAGAAAAGCCUAUAACACCAUCAAGAAGAAGUACAAGGAUUAAAUCCAAUACCAGUAUUGUAUCAGAUACAGUUCAACAUUUUGAAUCACCUAGAGCUAAAAGGGCAACAAGAAGAACUUCCCAAGUUGGCAGUGACAAUGAAAUUUCCCUGACCCCAGUCCGGCAAACACGCAGAACUAGGAAAGAUUCAACAUCCAGUGUUGAAAAACAAGUGGAAGCAACUUCUGCUAUCAUAAAGAAUACUACUCAGAUACCUGAAAUAAUCUGUGAAGAACCUGAAAGUGUUAAUAAAACAUCAAAUAGUGAAUUAAUAAACCUAGACAAUGAAAACAAAAAACAAAGUCCAGUUCGCAAAAGUCCUAGGCUAUUAAAUAAAAAAUCUAAAUCAAGCAAUUCCUUUGUACCAGAUGAUAAAAAUAGUAGUAGUGUUGAAGGUAAUAAGAGUGAUAAUCAUAAUACUUCUGAACACAAUAAUGAUAAUACAGAAGGGCCUAUUGUGUCAUCAACAGAAAAUACAGACAAUACUAUUGCCAGUAAUUCAGAAAUAAAAAUCUCUGACAAACACAGGCUUUCUCUUUCCAGUACAAACCUUAUUCAAGACUUAGACACAAACCCUAAAAAGAUAUCCUCACAUAUUAACAAAAGUUUAUCAGAAGCUCAGAAAUUGAACAAGGUGCAAUCUAAAAGACACAGAACUAAGUCAUGGACUGCUAUCACUACUGCUUCUGUUCCCAAUGAAGGUUUUUAUAGUGAUAAUGAAAAUGUUAAGAAAAAGCAUAAAGACAGCAUAUAUGAUGUUAUAAAAAAUAAUAUAUUAAAUGGUUCAGGUGAUAAUAGCAAACUUAAUAAAGACAAAUGCAUUGAAAGCAAUAUUAAUAAACUAAAUUCUUCAGAAAUUAAUGUAAAGUCUUCUAAAAGUAUGAAAAAGAAAGAAAGUGAUAAUGGAAUGAGUAAUAAAUUAAACUCCAAUGAAGGAGAAAAUAAUUUAACCAAUAACCAAGACAUAGAAAAUAUUGGUCAAAUAACAAAUUUAUUUCAAAAAGAUCCAAGCAGCAAUAUUCAGACUAUGAUAGUGAUGGAAGAUUCAGAUUCUAAUUCUAUACACAUGAACAUUCACCAAGAAAACAAUGAAGAUCAAUGUGUUCCAGUUGUUGAUGAUCAAUUAGAAGAUAGAAGUUAUAAAAAAGCAGAUUACACUUUAUCUAAAUCCUUUCAAAAUAAAAAAGAAGAUUCUAAAGAUUCCAAUGAUGUUAUUGCAAAUGACACCUGUGAACCAAUGGAUGUAGAUGAAACUUUACCAGACAGCCUACAACAUAAGGAAUCAGAAAUGCAGUCAAAGUUAGUAUUAAAUAGUUCACAAGAUUCAAAUUUUAAAAACAAUUUAAAUUCUAGUAAUACUAAAAGAAAAUCCUUUAAUCUUUCAACAUCUCAAAAUCUAGAAAAAAGUGAUAAGGAAAAUAAAAGUACGCUUAUACUUUCGCAAUUAAAAGAUAUAUCUAGCACUGGCAACAAUACUUUAAAGUCGCCCCAAAUUUCAAAUAAUAAAUGCUUGUCAAAAUCAAGCAAUAUUUUAGACACCACACAAGAAGACACAAAGGUGAACAAAAAUCAAUCCCUUAACUAUUUAACAAGCACUCCUCUUCAACAGAGGACUGGUACAAGUGAUCAAGGUAACAAUAAAUCAAAAAAUAUAUUUGAUAGUAACAUUUCAAAAGAAAAUGUUAAAACAAGUAAGAAAAACGUAUCUGGGCAACCUUCCACAGAAGAUUCUAAUUCAGAAAGAGAAUCUACAUCCAAUGAAAACCAUGUUUUAUUGGAUAACGAAGCUGAGGAGGCAAGUGAUGACUAUGAAUCUGGAGAUAGCCAAGAUGAUGAGGAGAGGCAAUACCAAAUAGAUAAUGAAAUUUUAGAAAAAGGAGAAACAUUAACAUCUGAAGAUGAACUGACUAAUGAUUCCGAUUAUGAGAAAGAUUCGUUUAUAGUUAGUUCUGAUGAAGAAGACAAUGAAUUGCUCAGUGGGUCUGGUGACGAUUUAUCUAUGAGCGACAAAGAACUCAAAAUGACUAACAAAUCAAAGAAAAAGUAUAACGAGCGAAAAUUAAAAGAGCAAAAACAAGCGUCAAGAGAAAUGUUUGAAGCACGCCACAAGUUAAACCUUUCAAGCAGUAGUAAAAAAAGUUCUAAAGUAAAAAAGAAUACCCGUCAGAGAUUAGAAUCUUCACAAUCUGAAGACGAUAUUGUAGGACCGAAAAAAAAUGAAAGAUAUAGAUUAAAUUCUUCAGCGAAUGAUUAUGCAAUUAAAUCUGAUACAGACGGUUCUAUUUGUCGAAGGGAAAACAAAAAAAGAGGUUUAUCAGAAUCUUUGUGCAACGAAAAUGUGUUAGAGGAAAAAGAGAUAACGAUUUGUGAAGAAAUAACAAAUAAUAUAAGUGAUCCAUUGGGAGCACAAAUUAAGUCUAAACCAAAUACUCCAGUAAAAGAGUCUAACAACUCUUUUGGAUUUAUUAACACUGACUUAAUAAAAGACACGCCUUGUGAGAAAAAUACCUCCCAUUCCAGAUCACUUAAAUCCAAAGAUCCUUUAGAAGAUUCUGACGACAACAGCUCCAACUUAAGUAGUACUGAAGAAAAUAUCGCUCAGAAUUACGAAAAUAUGCUCAAUGAAUUAAAGAUACAAACAAGUAAUCAUUCAUUAAAUAUGGAUAAAAACCCUAAAAUGAAAUCAAAUCCGAAAAUUCCUAUUGUUGAAAAUCUUAAUUUAACACAGUCUAAAAAGUCAAAAACCAAAUCAUCUCAAAGUGGUGAUACCCCGAAUACUAAUAAACUGAGCACUAAAAUGGUAAAAGGCAAAAGUACUGAUAACCUUGAUCUCUGCCAAAAACCAAAACCAUCUGAGAAAUUAAAACAAACUAAAAAAGCAAAUGAACAGUCAAUUGUGGAUCAACUUAAUAUUACACAAAUAAAUGAGAAACUAACAAGAGGUGGCAGAAAGAAGGACAUGUCUGAUAGAUCAAAGGCAAUAGAAAAUUCUAAUUCUGAUGAUUCUUCUGAUUCAAUUGAUUUGAAGUUGCUCUUCUCUGAAGAUAGCACUAAUAGUGGAGACUUAAAUAAAGAAAAUAGAAGAAAAACUGGAGAAAGCUUGGAAGAUUUCAUUCCGCUAAAAAAAACUCAAGGGAAAACUGAUAUCCGAGCUAUAAACCAGGAGGACUAUAUAGGAGGAUAUGACAUAGGAGAUACAGAUAUUAAACCAAAUAACAAAUCAUUGCUGGAUGAAAAUGUCCUAAAAAAUAAAAAACCGAAAGCUCUCCCAGAAAAUGAAGAAGAGUGUAACAAUGAAAAGAGAGAAGAGACACCAUUUUUUGUGGAUACCUUUGGAACUCAUUCCGAUUCAUCUGCUAAUGAAGAUAAAAAAGCAAAUAUAAAGAUCAACAGUACUUCUCAAGCAAAUAAUGCUUCAAGUGCCGACGAUUCUGAAGACGAUGCUGCACCUCUUGAAAUGUCAUAUAUGAAAGAAAAGAGUGUCAUCAGGGAAUACAAUCUUAGUAAACAAGAAGACAAUAUUAUUGGUGAACCAGACAAUGCAGCCAAAAAGUCUAAAGCAAACACACCUCAGAGUGAAAAUAAAAAAGUAAGAAAGAUGUCACUGUCUCACAACUUAUCACAACUUGAAAAAACGAUUGAUAAAUCUUUGACUAAAACUCCUGAGACGGUCGGUAAGAAAAAUAAAAUGUCGGGAUCAUUUAAUGUUUCGAAUUUGGAAUCUAUUUUCUCAUUGGUUAAAGAAAACUCAAGUUCAAAUGAUAGGUCAAUUAAUAAAACACCUAGCAGUGAAAUAAAGAAAAUCAAAAAGCUAUCAGAGUCUUAUGUUUCUGAUUGUGAAGAUGUUUCCGCAUCAGUUGAAGCAAACACUAAAGAGGUAAUUAAUAAAUCAGUAACUAAAACUCCAAAAAGUGAAAAGAAGAAAAAGAGAAGUCUAUCUGAAUCACUUAAGAAAUGUGAUGAAAAUUUCUCAGAAGCUAAUAAUACAAAGAAAGUUUUAUUUAGGAAAGAUAAAAUAGAUUCACAAUCAGAGGGCGAAUCUGAGAAAAAUACUUUUGUGACAAAUGAACCAACGGAAAUAAUGCUGACAAAUGAAGGGGAUACUAAAAGUAACAAUAAUGCUAGUGAUGCAUGCUCAAAAAAACGCAAAAGGAAAUCAUCCCUCAAAACUACACUAGAACUAGCUUUAAAAGAUGAAACAUGCGAUGACAAUUCCAAAAUUACCAACAAAUCUGUCCUCAGCCAAAAUAAAAAGCGAAAAAUAUCGCAAAGCACGGAAGAUACGAAUAAACAAAAUCAAGAUACUGAGAAACCCAAUAUAAGUGCAAUGGCCCAAAAUACAUCCAUUACAAUUAAUAAGAAUGCCAAACAAGAUGUAGAUGAAAGUAAUGUUCAUGAGAUAGUUGAUUCAUCAAAAAUUCUGAAUACGUCGCGGGUAUCAAAGAAAUCAAAGAAAAAACUCAAAAACUGCCAUACUGAAACCCAAUUGAAAGAUCCUGGAACUGAACAAAAUGUAAACACUGAAUCAUGCAAACAAAAUACUCUUCAUCGUGGACAAAGUAAAAAUCAAGAUGUCUUAGAAACAGUUAUUUCUAAACUCAAAAUAGAUAAAAACAAAAAACGGAAACACAGAGACGAUGACGACGAUGCAAACAAGGCAUUGAAGGUGCUUAAGGAAAAUUCAUUUGAUCAGAUUCAUAUACCUCGAUUACCACAUUCUCUUCUUAAUCAGUUGGAAGACAAACCUAAUAAAGAAAAUUUAGCCGCAAAGAAGCACAAAGCUAUCUCCACAACGGAAUUCGUAGUAGAAGAAACAAAGAAAAGAAAAAAUAAACCAUCAAAUUACUUAGAAGAAAGUAUAUACAUAAAUGAGAAUGAUUCUCCAGAGGCGAAACAACAAAGGGGCAUUCUAAAAAAACCCAAAGUGCUGCCAUUUAUUCCUACUGCUACGACUUCAAACAGUGGCUAUACAACCAAUUUUAAAGUCAAUAUUGUACCUCAAGAAAUAAAAUUUGUUGCCCAAUCAAAUAAUAUUACCAGUUUUAAGAAUGAUUACUUAUACAGCAAAAAAAUUAAAAGAUUAGGAACUUAUGAAUUAUACAAGAGAAACAGAAACAUUAAGAUAUCUAAAUUUUAA